AUGGCAGCUUUGGCCCAAUCCCCUGUCCCCAUUUCCACGGGGAGUGACAUCCCGACAUACUACCAGGUCCCUGAGACUGCCUAUGAUCUGGAUUGGGCAGAUCUCGCCACCUUGGAUCUAUCUCAAUUUGACCAGCCUGGUGGCAAGGAACAGCUAGCCAAGCAACUUUUCCAAGCUAUCCAAAAUAUCGGUUUCUUUUAUAUUAUCAACUUUGGCCUCUCACAGGAGGAGGUUGACCGCCAAUUCUCGAUUGGCAAGGAAAUCUUCAAACUCCCACUAGAGGAGAAACUCAAGUACCGUGCCGAGCUAGAAAAGGGUGGCUACAAUGGAUAUAAGCCGAUGGGUCUGCGAGAAAUUAGUCCGGGUGUUUUCGACAAGACCGAAAUCUACAACAUUCCAAAAUUCAUCCCCGCCUUUGAGCGCCCCCAGCCCGACAUUGUGAAUCACAAUCGUCCUGUUAUUGAGAGCUUUGCACGCCACAUCAAUGAUGAAAUCGUACGCAAGCUUCUCAUACUCUUAGCCAUCAUCCUUGAGCUACCCGAGGAUUAUUUCCUCAAGGUGCACCGUUACGAUAAGAAAAGCGACUGUCACCUGAGGUACAUGAAGUACCACCGCCGGAGUGAUGAGGAAAACGAGAAAGCCGCCAGUGUCUGGUCCAAGGGCCAUACCGACUUUGGCAGCUUGACUUUACUUUUCCGCCAGCCAGUCGCUGCACUGCAAGUCCGCACCCCGGAGGGAGAGUGGAAGUGGGUGAAGCCCUACCCUGGAAGCAUCACAGUGAAUCUUGCAGACUCGCUUCAAUUCCUCACCAAUGGCUUCCUGAAGAGCAGUAUACACCGUGUCGUCGCACCUCCGCCGGACCAGAGGAAUGUUGACCGUCUGGGUGUUCUGUACUUUGUUCGACCUGAGGAUGAUCUCGAGCUGCGACCGGUGGUCAGCGAGGUGCUACACCGCUUAGGAUAUGACCAAACAACGGAUAAUAGUGCAGUUGGUAUCACUGCCGGUGAGUGGGUAAAGGCCAGAGUGGCUAAGGGAGUUGAUAAAGGCGCUGCACGAAGUGAAAUCGGAGAUCAACCUAUUAUUGGAGGUGUGGUUGCUAAAUAUUACGAUUAA